UUUAAACAUUCGCGUUACCGCCAUAAAUUUCAAGUUUUGUCUAAAUGAAAUGUGAUGUUAGUGUAAACAUUGUGUUGUUUCAUUAUCAAACCAUAGUUCGUGAAACGCGUUUUACGUUGUGAUGUCAAUUAAAUUGUGCGAGAGUGAUACAUAUUACCGGGUAGAAGUUAAAACAUAACCCCACUUUCCGGAUUGAUUUGAAGAUGCCUGAAAAAUCAAAUGUGUCUAAAACUGCGAUAUCAACUAAACAAGACCUUAAGCAACAAAAUGUGGAGGGAGUUAAACACUUUCAAGUACCAAUCACUGAGAGAUGCUUUAAAAAUUGUAUUAACUUUCCUGAAAUCAGUGUACUGAUGGAUAACUAUAAGAAGGAAAUUACUAAACCUUUCCCAAAGUAUAAUAAAAAAAGAAUAGUAAGUAAAAGCUUUGUUCAGCCAGUACCAGAAAAAAAGUACCUAAACAAACAGUUGACCGUUAGAAAUUCCACCCAACCAAAGCCUAAAAAAAAUCAUAUAUUGGAUUCAAAUAGUUUCACUUCCACUACUUCUAAUGAAUGCUCAAAUAAAAACACCCCUGAACAUUAUGAUUAUCAAAAUAAUAAGCAUGUGGUAAAUUUAAAAAAAGAAAUUGCACAGUAUAAAAUUCCCCCAAUUGAAGUGUCUUUUUCAAAUCAAAAUGUUGAAAGGACAAGUAAUGCUCCCCAGAUAGUAUUUAAAUUACAGGACAGUAGAACCAUGUUUCAAGGCGUUUCAAUGCUUAAAAAAAUUAAGAAAGAUGUCAAAGAAUAUUCCAAUAACAUACAAAGAAUAAAAGAUGAGUUAAAUAAAAUUAAACAACAACAUGAUAUUGAUAAACUUACACAUGUGAGCAAUUUGAAGUCUGAAAUUUCCGAUUUUCGUAAAUCCUCAGAAAUUGAUUCUUUAGUUAAACAACCUCUUUAUAAGGGGGAUUACAAUAUGUCCAAUGACAUAACUGUUUCAUUUAUGACCACAAAAAAGCUACAAAGUUCAGAAAGUGAUGAAAGUGAAAGCUUAAGUAAAUCCUCAAAUAAAGAUUUGGAAAAAGAAGAGAAAGCCAAUGUAGAUGGCGAACAAGAAUCUGUCGAUAACUCUGAAGAACCUGAUGAAGAAAAAAAUCAAGUUACUGAAAUUUCUGAUUCAGAAUCUUCCAAAUCACAACAAGUUGAUGAUAGUGUAUUUCCUCCUCCAUUAGAACAAGUUGAAUUAAAGUCUCCAACUAAAUCGGAGGGACAGACUCAAGCUGAAACAACAUCAGAGAAUAAAGAAGAGAAAACUAGCGUAGGUACGUCAACCUUUUCGGAUAAUACAUCUAGCAGCGAAAUAGCAGUAACAAAUUUCGAAGAGGAAGAAAUUAAAGAGCCACCGAUCGAGCAAGCCGAGGUAACACAAGUCGCAAGUGAUCCAAACGUCCCAAAUUCUCAACCUGCGGCUGUGGAAAAUGUGGGGACUGAAGAAACUGACAAGCUUCAAGAGGAAAUUAAAAACGCCGAUCAAUUGUUAAGUCAAUUGGACAAUUUUCGUGAAAGCAUUGAGGAAAUUUUUUUGCCGAGACCUACAACUCGAAGAUCAGAUAUAAAUCCCAGAGAAGAGAAUAUGUGCUGUGACAAAUUUCAAAACAAACCUUUCGAACAUACUGAUGCCAGUAUUGAAACCGACGAUUCCGUGAAGAAAUUAAAAACUAUUGAGGAAUUGUCAUAUGAUUCAAAUAGUUCUAUUGCUGAUGUAAACAUGGCACCAAGAUAUUUUUAUGUAACGCGAAGUAUUCAAACAGACGAAAAUAAAAUGGCUGGAAAAACGUGUAAAUCAGUUCAAGAAAUGCUCAAUAAAGUAGAAGAACCGACUCCAAUGUCAUUAAAAACAGAAUUUCAAUUAGGUGAAUCUGUAGAAAUUCGAUCAACAAACCUUUCUGAAAAUGCCCCUAAUAAGAAGAAGAAAAUGAUGACGCAAUUGCUCCCUCCUAUUAAUGUGCCGGGUCGCCCAUUUACACUCACCCAAACUCUGGAUCUAACAAUAACACCCGAAGGAAUGAGCGUAAAUUACGUACGUGAUGACAAGAAUGUCAAGUAUAUAGAAGCUGAGUGCCGCAAAGAGGCAGAGUCGUUCAACAAAUCUUUCAACAGUUUAUAUAUGGAUAUGAAAGACCACCCACCAUCCAGGGAUUUUUCUGAGUUUGGAAAGAAGACAUUUAGUAUUGUUUCAGAGAAACCUGACGAUGCAUCAUCUAAUGCACGACCAUCUUGUGGCUGCAUAAUCCGACGAAACCCGUUUGAUUCUUGCAGAUGUGAGGUAAUGGGUGAUGAAAUACUCAAUAUGUCGACUAUAAAACCAACAAAAAUUAAAACAUGUGAAUGUAACGUUGGGCAGAAUUUACAAGAAAACUUCAGGAAACAGGAUGUUAUAAUUAAUAUGAAUAAACUAAAUAGCAGAGUGAAUAAAAUGUCGCGUGAAGAUUUUCUUACUUCAAAAUCAGUUUACGCUUUAAGUACGGAGCAACGCUAUAAGACGGACAGCAUUGUAAAUUUAUUUAAAUCAUAUCAACUGAUCGCAUCGGCAGCUACCCACACACCGGAGCCAUUGAAUAAUGAAUCUGCUAUAAAAUUGGUCCAAAUUGAUGAUAAGAUAUAUAAAACCUUCGUAGAUCCCAAAGGAUAUGUGGUAGUACCCAAAUCUAACCAAGAGACCAAAAGUUUAAAUAUAAAAUUGGAAAUUACCGACGAUACGAAAAAAAUGCAAGCUAGAAAAGAGAGUGUUCCCAAAGGAUUUUAUUCUUGCCAAGCGUCUCAGUGCAAUUUAAUAAUUGACCAAUGCCUUUAUAAAACAAAAAGAAGCUCACGAGUGUCGGAAGAAAAUUUGGAAACCAAGAAGAUAGUCCCAGAGCAACUUAAUGAUCAAAGGUCUGCUAGUAUCUCACCUACAGAGAUGAGUAAAGAAAUUGCUGAAGUAAACCAAACUGAGGAGAAAAUAUCAAACAUUACUAUUGACGAGAUCGAAAUUAAAGGUGAUAUUUUAAACAGACGAAAAUCAAUAGAUAGCAGUAAAUUUCAGGCUCAAACUGAAGAAGAGGUACCCGACACUGAAUUAUACCUAAAAGAAGAAACUGAAUCAAUUAAAUCAAAAUCAUCCAUUACUUUAGAUGAUAUCGUAUUUAGUAAGAGACAAAGCGUUAAAAUUGAAGAGAAUGUAAAAUUCAGGGAACCCAUAUACGACGAAAAAGAAGUGUCUGUCCAGGAACCCGACGCAAUAACUUCCACUUCUUCUAGGCGUAGUUCCGUAACUGACAACCUUCGGGAAUUACUUAACGAAACACAAAGCACUGAUCAAUAUAUUCAGGAUAAGAUUGAUAAAAAAAUAUCCAGCAUGCAAGAUACAUUACAUCCCAAUGACUCAGUUGAAUUUGAAGAAAUUAGUAUUAGUAUAAGUUAUACAACGGACGAAUCUAGUUCGGAACUAGGGCAGAAAGUACCUGUGAAACCAGAAAUUAAAUUAGACAUAACUUUGAUUGAAGAUGCUCUUACUUUAGAUCAGAUGAAUGCUAAACUUAAAAAAGGAAAAGUUGAGCCAAAGAAAGAUAUUUCAAAGAAAGGUAAGAAAAGGAAGGAACUGGAGCAGAUUGAAAAGAAAGAUAAGAAAUAUGGAGUUAUUGAACUAAAAACAGGUGAAAGUAGAAUGACUACAGAUAAAUCAUUUAUAAUCAAAGAUGAUGAACCUACUAAGAAUAUGGAUAAGGUAGAAUCGACAUUCGACAGCAGAGCAAGUUAUAUAGACGAAACUAGAGGUGAAGAUAAAGCCCGCGGUUACACCAGUUGCUUUAAAUGUUAUUCCCGCAAAUCAUCAUCAGAAGAAGACGAAGUUGAAGAAACUGGGGCUGAAGAUGUAGCACUUAAAAAACCCGAAAAAUUACAUAAAGAGACUGAACACCUAAUUGAUAUAGAAAACAGUGAGUUGCCUAGAAUAUUCCAAAAAGCAUUGGAAGAUUCGAAAGAUGAAAGAGACGUUCAACAUUCUGGUACAACAGACAUGUCAAAACAAAAAGUUGAAACAUUUACUAAAGUACUUACUGAACCACAUCUGACCACUAGUAAUUCUAUAGGUAAAACACUAAGUGGAGUAAUUGAGUCUCUAAAGAUGAGCGCAUCAGGAACAGAGUUCGAUUACAAUACAUUAGUUGUAACUGAACCCCGUUCGGGCAUAGCUGGCAAGAAUCGAGCAAGUAUGAACUAUAUGGUGUUAGUAGGUGAUCAAAAUUUUGACAAUAUACCUAAAGAAUAUCAGGAAACGAAAAAUAAACAAAAAUCAAAGGAAAAAAUACAACCAGAUAAAGAAAAUAAACUACUUAAUCAAAAAAGUGUUGGCGAAGGAGAUGCAUUAGUUGUGACAAAAAAUAAAAAAGAAAAGAAACAUUUAAAUAAAAACGUUAUUAAUCCCCAAGAAGAAGUCGUGAAAUCUAAUCAAUUAAAACAUAAAACAAUUGAUGCUAAAGUAGGAAUGUCUUCCUCGGAUUACAGUUCAUCGUUGGAUUUAGACGAAACAAUAAUGACAAGAAAAUCAAAAGAUACCAUGCGACAUGACGGUAAUGAUUACAUGGCAUUGAUUAAUAAUAAUUAUUACGAUAUUAACGUGAACAACAGAACAUACGAACAGCCAAAUAUUUCUGGCAAAUCUAAAAAGAACCCAUAUGAGCAUUUAUUAAGAAGAAAUGAACCAAGAGAAAAUGAUAUAUUUGAGAAAACCAACAGGAAACGAAAACACAAAAAUCCAAAAUUGCAACCGUUGUAUAUAUCCAAUCAACAACUUCUGAGCAGUACUAGCGAAUCACAUAGUAGACAACAUUUUAGCAAAAAUUUAAAAUACAAAUCACCAAACAUGGAAAAUAUAAAAGAAGGUGAAAAAGUUUGUAAUUGUAGUAUAAGUAGUGGUGAAUUUCACAUAUGCUCUUCCACCUCACCUUUCCGAAAGAAACACAGAGACCAAUUAAAACAAUCUGAGGUCAAUGUUCAAAAUCACAAAGCUUUUUAUAAUAACUGGAUAUCUUAUUAUAUUAAAGAUAAAUAACUAACUAACGUUCUCAUGUAUAAGUUUAUAUAAAUUUGAAGUGGGUUUUCUGUUCACAUAUGUUUAAAGGAAGUGUCGAAUUUUGAAAGGGUAGUUUUGUGAACAUAUAAGUAAAAUUUUAUAAAUAAAAUUUUUGUAAUUAGAA